AUGCAGGGAAACCUAGACGUCACAGCUGCCUCUGUCGAGCCGCUUGCUUCUACGCAGAGUAGCGAGGCUCGGCAAGUCCCUCGGGUGGACUUUCAACACCUGCGCCACCACCUCAACAAGCUGUCGCGCUCGAGGGCCCCUAGUCCACUGAAGGACAUCUUCAGGUAUAUGGGCCUCGACGGCAUGCUUAGUCUCGCUGGAGGGCUUCCUCAUCCCGAAAUGUUCCCCUUCCUGUCAAUGAACGUCUCUGCAUACGACUCCGACACGCGACUGGCAACCACUUCUGAUAUCGCCUCUAUUCGGACAACUGAUGUUACUGUACCAAAGAAUGCGGAUGGGCUGCAUAGCACCAACCUGGCAACUACACUCCAGUACGGCGACGCCAGAGGCCUUGCCGCUCUGACGAGCACGAUCAAGCGGUUCGUCGAGAGGCUUUACAAGCCCGCCUACAGCAACUACGAGAUAGUUCUGUCGCACGGCAGUACAGACGCCUGGAAUAAGGUCGUCUCGCUCUUCGUCGAGUUUGGAGAUACCAUACUUGUCGAGGGGCAAACCUAUCCUUCUAGCCAAACUGUCUGGAUCCCUAUGGGCUGCGUCAGCGCUCCGGUGACGCUCGACAAGGACGGUAUAGUGCCCGAUGCGUUGGAUGAACUGCUCGUGAACUGGGAGAGGACCCAUCCCGAACAGAAGAAGCCGCGCCUUUUAUACUGCAUUCCCGCAGGACAGAACCCGACGGGCUCCACUCUCACCGCCGAGCGCAAAGCAAAGAUUUACGAGAUCUGCGUGCGCCACGACAUCAUCAUAUGCGAAGACGACCCAUACUAUUUCUUGCAAUUCCCAACCUACGAUCCGCAGGCGCGAAGUGGACCGCCGGCAGACGCGGAUGCGCCAGUCAACAUUCCUGCCUUCCUCGAGUCGCUCGAACCGUCCUUCCUGAAGUAUGACUACGACGGGCGAGUGGUCAGGCUUGACACCUUCAGCAAGACGCUUGCCCCCGGCUUCCGCGUCGGUUGGGUCGUCGCGAACUCCUUGUUCUCGGAGCGGCUCAUCCGAGCGAACGAGGCGCUCACUCAGACGCCUUCUGGAUGGAGCCAGGCAAUCGUGACGGAGUUACUGGCCACCUGGGGCGAUGACGGUUACUUGACCUGGGUCAAACAUCUGCGUGAUACAUACACUGCUCGACGCAACUGGAUGUGCGGUUUCCUAGACAGAUACUUCGACGUCGACUGGAACUCUAUGUCAGCCGACGGUGUCCCGGUGUAUCUCAAGCAAACUACCGGGCGCUGUCAGGGACCCGUCAUCUUCAAGUUCGUCCCUCCGAGGGCCGGCAUGUUCGUGUGGCUGACCAUUCCACUCGACGGUAACGCCCACUUCCAACGAAUCUUGGCGUCAUCGGAUGGCGGAUCGGACGCGCAGUCGCCCGAGGCUAAGUGGACGACAGAGGUCUGGGAGAAGCUUGCAGAGGCCCGGGUCCUUCUGACUCCCGGCACCUACUACACGCCUUGGCAAGGACAUGAGAAGGCGGGGCAGUCAGAUACCCCUGGGGUCGCCUUCUUCCGCAUGUCCUUCUCCUUGAUGACGAGGGACAACAUGGACGAAGCCAUCCAGCGCGUAGAGAGAGUCUUCAGAGAGGAAUGGACAACGUGA